ACCCUCCAAUCUUUUGGGGCUUCGGAAGCACACGAGAUACAACCACAGACGAAAAGGCAACACUGUUGGACCUUGACGCAGCUGCAUAAUAUUAGCAUUGCAUCUUUCUCGGCCUUUUGAAUUUCCAAGAUCAUCAACAACAGCAAAAGAAGAACUUAAGCUUACUAGAAGAGGACCAUGUUGGUUGCAACGCUCUCGAAAAGACUCUUGCGAGUGGGUCAGGCUAAAAGAUGCGGUCUGUCGCUGCGCUCGUUCUCGGAUGCCAAGGAUAAGGAUCUCGUCCUAACAAGCAUCGAUGGUGAUACUGGUGUUGCUACCAUUACCAUGAACCAAGCGCCCGUUAAUUCAUUGUCGCUGGAAAUGUGCCAAGCCAUCACGACUGCCAUCAAAGAAGUCGAAAGUCAACCUGAAAUACAGAGCCUCGUCUUGGCAUCUUCCUUGCCUGGGGUCUUCUGCGCUGGCCUCGACAUCACAGAGCUUCAUAAACCCGAUGAGAAACGCUUGACUGAUUUUUGGCAUUCGUUCCAGCAGAUUUAUUUCGAUCUAUACGGCUCUCGGUUAGCCACAAUUGCGGCUAUUGCUGGCCAUGCUCCUGCGGCAGGCUGCAUGUUAGCCUUGAGCUGUGACUAUCGCAUCAUGGUUUCUGGCGCUGGUUCCAAAAAACCCAGUACCAUUGGACUGAAUGAAACGAAACUGGGAAUUGUGGCUCCCAGUUGGCUCGGAUAUCAAUACAUUGACACCAUCGGACAACGGCAAGCAGAACUUGGAUUAUCUCUUGGUUUAUUGCAUCAACCAGAACAAGCUUUGGCAAUUGGUUUGGUUGACGAACUUGUUCCUCGAGAAGAGGUCUUGAGUAGGGCUCAAGCAGAGGCUGUCAAGUGGGGCAAGAUCCCGGCUAAAGCUCGGCUUGCCAGCAAAAUGUUGGCAAGAAAGGCUCGAUUGGACCAUCUCGCCGCCACUCGCAAAGAAGACAAUGACUUCUUUCGAUCCUUUGUGACGAAUGAAACAGCUCAAAAGAUAAUAGAUGGGUACUUGCAGUCCCUUUCCAAGAAGAAAUCCUAAUACAGAAUCAGAGAUGCUACCUCUGAUAAUAGUGGACUCCAAUAAUAAUAACUUAGCUAGAACACGGUUUUUGGGU